AUGGAGAAAAUCAUCUACGACUUCUACUCUGAUCUCUUCGACAGCCAUGUCCACGUGCCUCCUCACCAUCUGAGGGAAGAUAAACAUGUCAUUCCAGAGGUUCUCCCGUCCGAAAUACGACAUGCUAUCAUGUCGGUAAGAAAUCGUACCGCACACGGUCCCGACAGAAUAAGAUCAGAACACCUGAAGAACCUUCCGCCAGUACUCAACAACACCCUGGCGAGGCUCUUUACACGUUACCUGUCUGAAUGCAAGGUUCCUAAACAGUGGGAGACCAGCGAGACCGUGUUGCUGUAUAAAAGGGAGAUCCACAUGACAUUGGCAACUAUCGCCCAAUCUGCUUACUGUCCGUCAUCUACAAGCUCUUUACAAAAGUGA